UACUAUUUCCGAUGGCUGCCAACAGUCGCAGCAGGCACAGUUAGCGGUCAGUUACGUUGGAGCAUCAGCCGGUCAAUCAGAGCCUACCUAGAUCGAUUCGGGUGUUCUAGUUCCACUGUAGAGAACUAGUGAGUGUACAAUUAGUGGGCUGUAAUUGAAACCAUAGUCGGGACGGAAAAUCAGUUCGCGAAGAAAGAAGGAUAAUUGUGUGCCGGUGUGUGUGGGUUAAUUAGUGCCAAGAUUGGAUGGCGAUUUGCUAGUGAUUCAGAAGGUGUGCGCUAUAAAUUAAUAAUUCGCGUGGCAUACAUUUGAGUAUUGAUACAGUCGUUCCAGUGGGGACCAACGCGUGCGCGUUUGUGGCCAUUUUAAGUCCGCAACGAGACAAGUGGAUCGUGCCUGACACAUGCAGCAAAAGAGAAAUCUAUUUUGUAUCAAGUAAGGACCUCAGCCGGAGUCGGAAGGCUCAUCAAGACUUCCAUCCGCAGCCAUGGCCAAUGAGAAGAAAGAUCCUGGAGGCGUUGGCCUCCAGAUCGAGGCACCUUCACCGGUGCCAUCGAAUUCCGUGUUCAGCAUGGUCGUGAACACAAUCAAUCUGCCCGUUCCGCUCACGAUGGAGGAGAAAAAAUAUCUGCUCGCGGUGGAGCGGGGCGAUAUGGCCACGGUCAAGAGAACACUCCAGCGGGCCCAUCGGAAGCACCACAUCAACGUGAACUGUGUGGAUUCGUUCGGACGGGGUGCUCUGACGCUGGCCAUCGAGGGCGAGAAUCUGGAAAUGGUUGAACUGCUAGUUAUCAUGCAGGUGGAAACUAAGGACGCUCUGCUGUUGGCCAUCAACGCGGAAUUUGUGGAAGCCGUCGAACUGCUGCUGGAGCAUGAGGAACUUAUCCACAAGGAAGGGGAACCUUAUAGCUGGCAAAAAGUGGACAUCAGCACUGCCGUGUUUAUGCCCGAUGUGACUCCACUGAUGCUGGCUGCUCACAAGAACAACUACGAAAUACUUAAGAUUUUGCUGGAUCGCGGUGCCACCUUGCCGAUGCCUCACGACGUGAGAUGCGGUUGCGAUGACUGCAUCAAACGUUCCACGGAGGACUCGCUGCGUCACUCGUUGGCACGCGUCAACGAGUACCGAGCGCUGGCUAGUCCGUCGCUGAUUGCCCUCAGCUCACAGGAUCCCUUGCUGACCGCCUUUCAGCUUUCCUGGGAGUUACGUAAUCUCGCUUUUGCCGAGCAGGAAAGUAAGGCCGAGUAUCUAGCGCUGCGCCGUCAGUGCCAAAAGUUUGCCGUCGAUCUGCUCGAUCAAUCCCGAAGCUCGCAGGAGUUGGCCAUCAUACUGAACUACGAUCCGGAAUCAGCACCCUACAUGGAUGGCGAUCAAAUGAAGCUGGCCCGGCUUGAGCUAGCUGUCGAAUUCAAGCAGAAAAAAUUCGUUGCCCAUCCGAACAUCCAGCAGCUGCUCGCUGCCAUGUGGUACGAAGGUGUGCCCGGAUUUCGGCGAAAGUCAGCACUGCAGAAACUUGGCAUUAUCGCCAAAGUUGCCCUACUGUUUCCAAUCUACUGCAUGAUCUAUAUGAUAGCACCAAACUGCGAGACGUCGAAAUUUGUGCGGAAACCGUUCAUGAAGUUCUUGAUCCACGCCUCGUCCUAUCUGUUCUUCCUUUUUCUUCUCAUUCUGGUUUCGCAACGGGCGGAAGUUCAUGUGGUGCUUCUGUUUGGAACGGACAGUAUGAAACGAGCACUGCAGGAAGAUUUAGCACGUCAACGGGGCAACGGUCCAACGUACCUCGAGUGUCUGCUCGUGUUCUAUGUGAUCGGUUUCAUAUGGGAGGAAACGCAGGAAAUUAUCAACGAAGGUCUUCGAAGCUACCUGCGCAACAUGUGGAACUUCAUUGAUUUCUCGCGAAACUUCCUGUACUGUUGUGUGGCUCUGCUAAGGCUGAUUGCCUACAUUCAGCAAACGUCCGAAAUCAGCAAGGAUUCGAGUACGGCGUACAUCGCCCGGGAACACUGGGACGAUUUUGAUCCGCAGCUAAUCGCCGAAGGACUGUUCGCCGGGGCCAAUAUCUUCUCGGCGCUGAAGUUAGUGCAUCUGUUCUCGAUCAACCCCCAUCUGGGACCGCUGCAAAUCUCCCUCGGACGGAUGGUGAUCGAUAUCGUUAAGUUCUUCUUCAUCUAUUCACUGGUGCUGUUUGCCUUCGCUUGUGGUCUAAACCAGCUGCUUUGGUACUUUGCCGAUCUGGAAAAGUCCAAAUGCUACAGCCUGCAGGGUGGCCUACCGGAUUGGGACAACCAGGGCGAUGCUUGUAUGAAGUGGCGACGAUUCGGAAACCUGUUUGAAUCGUCCCAGUCACUGUUCUGGGCCAGCUUCGGUAUGGUCGGGCUAGAAAGCUUCGAACUGGCCGGCAUCAAGUCGUACACCCGCUUCUGGGGUCUGCUGAUGUUCGGCUCGUACUGUGUGAUCAACGUGAUCGUACUGUUGAAUCUGCUGAUCGCCAUGAUGUCCAACUCGUACGCGAUGAUUGAUGAGCACUCGGAUACGGAGUGGAAGUUCGCUCGGACCCGGCUCUGGAUGAGCUACUUCGAGCAGAGUUCGACCCUGCCCCCGCCGUUCAACAUCUUUCCGACGAUGAAACAUUUGAUGCGGCUGUGUGGCAAGAAAAGUAAGCGUGAAAUCAAGCGAGAAUCAACUAUCCGUCGCAAAGAAGGUAAAGAACGGGCGGAGAGAUACACCAACGUGAUGCGUGCCCUGGUUUGGCGGUACGUGGCAGCCAAGCAUCGCAAGGAGGAGGAGGACGCCGUCACUGAGGAUGAUAUUAACGAGGUUAAGGGAGAUAUUUCCGCCUUGCGGUAUGAGCUGUUGGAGGUCUUCGAGAAGAACGGAAUGGACGUUUCGACAGCCGACCGUAAAGAGAAGGCUGUUCUGGCGAAGCGGAUGAAGGUUUGGGAGCGUCGGCUAAUGAAGGAUUUCCACGUAGCUCCGGUAGACAUACAGGCUGAUAUACUGGAGGAGGACGAAGAAGGUGCUGAGGAGAAGGCGACAGUGGACGCCAACCCACUGGCUAGAUUCCGCCGCAUAGCCCUCAAGGUGGCUAGUGAAACAAAUGCCGCAAAAUGGGGACAUGUUAUGUCCGGCGUGGGAAUCGAAACCCAUACCCAGAUUGGGCGGUGCAAAACACGCGAUAGUUACCGCCAACAGCAGCAUCUUCAAAAAGCUAUAGUGGAAGCGCAGCGACUGGUACAGCGUAGUCCGAUGCUCCACUCGCGGAGUGCCUCUCCGGAAGUAUAUGAAAAUGAAACCACUAACACUCUGCUUGAGCUGAUAAAUCAAUUCUCGGCAGAAUCGGAAGCAAUGUCGAAAAAACAUACGCUGCAUGUGCAGAACGAUAACCAUCGAGCGACAACUCCCCUUGAAUACUUAACCGCCCAGUUGCAGAUUGCGCUGAGUAAAUCUCCACGGGCUGAAACUAAGGGAAUAUUCCCUUCCCCUUCAGCUACGGCAAACCGAUCGCGCUCUCCAGCGCUGCGUAAAACUCCCACUUCUCCCGAGCCGACCAGUUCUACCCUAAGAGUUAACUCACCUCCAAAUAUCAUGUCGCCUCCACCGGAUAGAAUCCACUCACCAGUGCAGUCUCCUCCGCCGACCAUUCGAGUAACAGGCACUGGAUCUCAGCGAGUGAAAAAAUCCAAAUCUAGGGAGGGCAUCGGCGAUCGCUCGCCGUCUAGCAGCCCAACUGAACAGCCUAAAUCGACUAAGAAUCCCGUCAGAUCUCCUCCCCAAGUGAUCAAACGGAAGGCUCCGUCUCCAGUACCCUCUGAGGCUUCUCCAACUAACGCAGACAUCUCGGUCUCCCGUUCAGUAGCUAAUAAACCUCAACCGGGCCAAGGAAUGCUACCCCCACCUCCUUCCAACUCUAUCAUAAUCCCAACGCUUUCCACAACCCCAGCAACUCCGCUGCCUUCCCACAAGAAACUGGAAACCUCCCCGGCUUCCAGAACAUCUCCCCCAACUCCAGCUCCUCCACGGGCCACCAAACCUCAAUCCCCUCCACCGCCACAACCACCCAAACCCCCGUCAUCACAAGCACCGGCGAUGGCGACGACGACGAAACCCAACGUAAAACAAUCGUCCCCAACGCCACCGCCGCCGCCACCACCGAUGUCGACGGACGUCAACUCGAGCACCGAGCAGCUCAUCACCAGUGGAAACGGGGAUCCUGCGGCCUCAUCGCCACCACCCUGUCUCCGUCCGAUCCAAAAGAUUGCCGACGUGAAAACCAUCAAACGGCAGCCCAAAUCCGGCUGGCUGUAAUGCUCCUUUUAGUAGUUUUUUAAAAAAAUAAAAAGUGAAUUAUAAUUUUGUCUAGUCCGGUCUUCGCCGAGAAAAAAUAAAUAGUGGUCUGAUUUUGAAUGGGGAAUGGUAUAGCUAAACCUAAAGAGGGUGGUGAUUAGUAAAACUUGGAUGGGAAAUAAAACAAUCUAAUAAAUUUCGAUGUUGAAAUGAUA